GUCUUGAUCUUACUUUUGGUACCCGGGAAAUGGUGGCUCCAUCUAAUUAUAUGAAAGCCUCGUAGACACCCUGAACUGAAACGUACUUGUACAACAGCCCUCGAUGUGAAAUCCACAUGCAACCCAAAACUAGUUAAAUGAGAAGAACUGUUCUCUGUUCUUUUCAAUAUCUUUUAAAAAUUCCGAUCGUUAAAAAAAUAAAAAAACAAGAAAGUAAGAAAGAAAUCUCAAGUGAAAAAAAGAGUGAAAGCUUUUUCCGGCAAUGGAAGGAACAGUUUUUACUCCAUCAUUGGAAGGAAUGCAGCACAUCAGAUCCCCACAAGGAGAAAUGCUUACAAAGCCAUUCCUGGACGUCUGCAAGUUGAUUUUGCCAGUCAUAGAUAAGUUUGGAACUGCUAUGGCCCUUGUAAAGCGUGAUAUUGGUAGAAACACAUCAAGAUUGGAAAAAAAAUACCAGUCGGAUCCCUUUAGAUACAACUUCUUGUACAAUAUGGUGAAAGAAGAGUACGAAUGUAAAUCAGCGAAAGGAUCAACAAGUUGUACUAAUGGUAUUCUUUGGUUGACUAGAGCAAUGGAUUUUAUAGUAGAAUUGUUCCACAACUUACUUACACAUCCAGAUUGGUCAGUGACUGAUGCUUGUACAGAUGCCUAUGGCAAGACCCUGAGAAAAUUCCAUGGAUGGAUUGCUAGCUCAAGUUUCACAGUUGCUAUGAAGCUGGCACCAGAUAGGAAGAAAUUCAUGGAAGUGAUUACUUGCAAAGGAGAUGUUAGAGCCGACAUGGAGAAAUUUUGUUUGACAUUUCCUCCAUAUCUUGAGGAAAAUCAUAAGUUUCUGUGUAGUAGAUAUUAGCUCGAGUUGGAGGUCGCCGGAGGUUAAAUCACACUAUCAAACUAUUGAUCGAUAUAUAAAGGUUUUAAAGUAUUUAAGUCUUUGGCAUGUGUGGAGACUCGUUUAAUUGUUAUUAAGUUGCUAGGAAUUGGCUUAAAAUACUGACCUAUGUUAUUUGAAGGUCUCUAUUGUAUAAAGUCAUUUAAUAUAGAUAGUCUUGAUUAUGUUAUUAAUUAAAUGAUGCAAUUUAUGAAUGUGCAUGCUUGCCUAUGUGUGUGGUUGAAUUAAAGCAUGAUAUGGGCCUUGUAAGCCCUUUUUAAGGGACAGCUUGAAUGUGUUUGAAAAAGUUUUAAAUUAGAGUGAAA